GCGAACCAGGCGAAUGUGCUCACUUCUCCAGAGGAGUUCGAAAAAACCGAACCUGAUUGUUCCGCAUCGAGUGAACAAUGUAGAUGAGACGAAGGCGGAAAAACUCUCAAUUUUAUUUUAUUUUUUAGUUUAUUCAUAUUGAAUUUUAAAAUUAAUUUAAAAUAAGAAUGCAAGGUUGGUGAGAUAAAAAGAAUCAUAAUAUCGGUUAGGAGUUAAAUGAUUUAUCGCUUUCCAGUUUCGGGAUGAAAAUGUGACAAAAGAAAUUUUCAUUUUGCAGUUUUUUAAAAAAGGAGGCGAAAAAACGGACGAAAUUUUUCCUGGAAUUUUGAUUUGCAAUUUCAUCCGGCAAGUUGGAUAUUUAUUUCAGUGAAGAUGGCUUUAUGUCGAUUAUGUGGUGGAGAGCUGCUACGAUGUUCAAUUUUUCUAGUCUCAAUUUUCAAGUUUUUGGAUUAUGGUUUAGCUCAGGAUAUAUCAAAUAGUGUCAGCAUAUGUCCUGAAAUCAGGCCGGGAGAAGAUGACUUGCCAGGUUUCGAUUUCAUCCGAAAAUUCAGAUUGGAUGAUUUCGAAUUCGAUUUUCCCGGCGUCAAGAAAGUGAAAGGCUCGAACAGGAUGCAGACGGCGUACAGAUUAUCAAAGCGGGCAGAUCUCACAUUGCCAACAAGGUCGAUAUUUCCCAUCGGCUUACCUGAGGAGUUCUCCUUCGUGGCAACCUUCCGGAAGAAGAAUGGUCGGAAAGACCCCUGGUUCCUCAUCAGAAUUAACGACAUCCUGGGGAAGCCCCAAUUCGGCAUAACACUUUAUCCGAGGAAACAGAUGCUGGAGUUCUACGCGCUGGAUUUUGAAGGAAAGCUGCAGACGAUAAGAUUCGGAGAUGUCGAGGUCGAUGACAACCAAUGGCACAAAAUCGACUUGAGCGUUUUCCAAGACAGGGUCGUCUUGUACAUGGACUGCGAGAAACAGUCCUCCAUGGCCAUCGAUCUCAGAGGUCCGAUAGAUGUUAAUGGCGACAUAAUGAUAGCCAAGUAUCAGGACGACAGCGACACCGUGCCGCUGGAGCUGCAGUGGAUGGUAAUGAGUUGCGAUCCGACAAGGCCAGAAAGAGAAACUUGUGAUGAAUUACCUCCUAAAAAGAAGAAACCAGUUGAUGAAAAAUGCCCUAUUUGUCCUCCUGGAGCACCUGGUUUCAACGGAACGGAGGGGCCUCCCGGCCUUCCUGGUCCACCCGGUCUGCCCGGUGAACGAGGACCACAAGGACUGCCAGGAGUGCAAGGACCCAGGGGCAUCACUGGAGAACCGGGGAUACCAGGUCUACCAGGACCAAUAGGACCACCAGGCCCCAUUGGACCUCCUGGAAGAUCGGGUUUGCCUGGAUUAAGAGGUGAUAUAGGACCACAAGGCCUUCCUGGUGUACCAGGUCCAAAAGGAGAAAAAGGAGACACUGGCACAGCUGGUGAACCUGGCACACCUGGGUUCCCAGGUCCUAUGGGACCUCGCGGUUUGCCAGGUGCUCCAGGAGAUGCUGUUGUGGUCGAUGGAUUGCCCGGACCACCAGGAGAUCCCGGCCCACAAGGACCGCAGGGAGAACAAGGCUUACAAGGUUUACCAGGUGUACCAGGAUUGUCUGGUAAAAAGGGAGACUUGGGACCUGCAGGACCACCAGGACCAGAAGGAAAAAGGGGAUUUCCAGGAGAACGUGGAGAAUCAGGCCUUCCAGGACCCAUAGGACCUCCAGGACUACCUGGUUUACCAGGUAGAGAUGGAAUUCCUGGAACAACUACAGAAAUCGCAGUUAUCCCAGGUCCUCCCGGAUUACCCGGAGAGCAAGGAGAGAGAGGAUUACAAGGACCAAAAGGAGAAAAAGGAACUAGAGGAGAUACUGGAUUGCCUGGACCGGAAGGACCGAAGGGUGAAAAAGGCGAGAGAGGUGAUCAAGGAUUUCCCGGACUGGACGGACAAAAGGGAAAUAAAGGAGAAAUGGGACGAGCGGGCGAAUUUGGUGCAAAAGGAGAAAGGGGUUUUCCAGGAGCACCGGGUCUCAGAGGUGAGCCAGGUCUAAUUGGAAUGCCUGGACCCCCAGGUGUUCCUGGAACAAAUGGAUUACCGGGACUCAAAGGAAGCAAGGGUGAUGCCGGAGAGCCUGGAAUGCCUGGAGACGUAGCGAAAGCCGGCGAUCCUGGCCCUCCAGGUCCACCAGGCCCAGCUGGAGAGCCUGGAAUUGAUGGGACAAAAGGUCAACCUGGAUUACCUGGCCCUCCAGGUGCUGUAGGGCCUCAAGGGUUACCGGGACCUCCAGGACCACAAGGACCGCAAGGCAUAGAAGGGGCUGAGGGCCCUAGAGGAAACAAGGGAGACGUAGGACCACGAGGACCAGACGGUCUGCCCGGCGAACCUGGAAUUCCUGGAAAACCAGGUCCCGUCGGAAAACCGGGACUAAAGGGAGAUCAAGGUGACAGAGGUCCAAGAGGUCUCGAAGGCAUCCGGGGUCCACCUGGUCCAGCCGGCUCUUCAGGUCCAGUUGGACCUGCUGGACCGGCCGGUUUGCCAGGAUUAGUUGGCUUCCCAGGACCUGCGGGUCCACCAGGUCCUCCUGGGCCACCAGGACCAAAGGGUGAAAGCGGGCUCGUUAGCUACGACAUUGAAGGACUUGUUUCUUUACCAGGACCACAGGGUUCCACUGGUUCUAUGGGUCCACCUGGAAUGCCGGGAGAAAGAGGACCUCCGGGGGAAAGAGGACCUCCGGGAGCUGCGGGGCAGAUCGGUAUGCCCGGACCUGCAGGCCCUCCCGGAAUCGCCGGGAAUCCAGGAAACAGAGGACAGCCAGGAAUGCCAGGUUUGCCAGGACCUCCAGGACGUGGUUUUACAGAAGAAGAAAUGAGAGAAAUAUGUGCUUCAGUCCUCAGAGAUCAGUUAGCUGAAUUAACUGCAAAAUUAAGAGGUCCACCAGGACCUCCUGGUCGUGGUAAGCCGGGGCGUCCAGGUCCACCAGGUCAACAGGGACCAUCAGGAGAUCCUGGAACCCCUGGUCUACCAGGUGAGAGAGGAUUCAUGGGAUUGCCUGGAAUGCACGGGCCAACAGGUCCUCCGGGACCAAAAGGCGAGAAAGGUGAUCGAGGAGACAGAGGUCCGGAAGGAGUUGGCAUAGAGGGACCCAUGGGUCUUCGAGGCUUACCAGGUCCACCAGGACCACCUGGUGUUGGUCAACCAGGCCGACCGGGGGAAAGGGGCCCCGUCGGAAAGCAAGGAAUUCCAGGCAUGAGAGGACCACCGGGACCACAGGGUCCGGCUGGAUACUGUGAGCUCUGCAGCUACCAGGGGGCAGAUAUCAUGAAUGUGCUGCAUGCGAGAGGACCACCUUCACAAGACAAAGGACCGACCAGCUAGAUAAGCCUGCACAGACCUCCUCAACUUAAAAAAAAAAAAGAAAAAGAAAAAGGGAGAAACUUCUUGUUUCGGAUAGUACAAUAAAGUUCAUUUUUUUUAAACUGGAAAAUGACAAUAUUGGUUUAAAGAGCUGAAAGUAAACAAGAAUCAUCCAAUUUAUUCAAUAAUCUAAUAUUUACUUAAUGAUGGGCUUACAAUUGUAUUGAAAGGGUACUAAAAUUUCAUUUUGUUGAAAGCUUUCUAACAUCAAAAUUUCAAAAAAAAAAAAAAAAAAAUAUCAGUUUUACUUAUAUAAAUAUUUUAAUUAUUAGAAGAGAAGAGAAUCAAAAAGACUUUUAUGAAAUUAUUUUUAUAAAAUUCUCUUGAAAAAGUCUCGCUGUUUUUAAACUUUUAAUUAAAAGAUUUUAUUUUUUGAAUAUUGUUACAAUUUGAGCAUUAAUAUAUUAGAAAUUCUGUUUCUUUCAAUAAUUCUUUUUCAAAUUCCCUUGAAAUCUUUCUGUAUCAUUUUACGGGAGAUGAACAGAUUUUUAGAUAGCUGCUAUUUAAUAAAUUGCAAAUGCUGAAAGUAUAUUGAAAAGUUUAUUUAUAGUAUAAGUGAAAAUAUAUGCAGAGUGUACCAAACAGCUGUUAUUAAAAAAGAUUUCUAAAUGGAAAUGCUUAAAAUAGCAUGCAAAUGAAAAAUAAAAUACAAUUUAAUUAAAUUUAUAUAAAUCAGGAAUUAAAAUAAUAUAUGAUGGCAUUUUUAUGAUUCCAAAUAAUAUCCAUUAUCGUUUUCUGACACUCAUUGAUACAUUUUCAUUUUUUGCCAUCCUCUGUUAUCGGAAAAGACUUGCACUUAAAUAGUCAAUAUUUGUUUAAAUGGAUGUAUUGAUUUUUUUAUUAGUUUUAAAACGCAAGAAAAAUUGUAUUAAGGAUUACAAUUUUGAUUUUUAAUUAAUUAUUUGUAUUUUUAAAUAUUUAUUGUUGAUAUAAAUAUAUAUAUAUAUAUAUAUAUAUAUUUUAUUUCUUCAUCUCUAUCCUGACCAAAAUAUAGCAUUAUUUUAAUUAUUUUAAAAUACUGUGCGGAAAAUUUGGUGAUUGGAAUGAUGAGUCAUUUUUAUUAAAUUUCUUUUGUGUUGCCAUUUAUUAUUGUCAUUAUUAAAUAUUUGCCUGCAACAUAAAUAAGACCUUCACAUUUCAUCGAUUUUACGAAUGAAGCAACUGCGCUACAUCACUCACUAGAAUAAAACAAUAUGUAGUCUCUCUGCACCACGAUUAACGACUGGCCGAUCAUGAGUUUGACUGCAGAAAUGUAUCAUUGCCGGAGAAGUGCGUCCUUCAGGGAGAUUUCAUCUGCUGCCUGAUAAUUAAAUAAGUGUAUUUUAUACUGAUGAAUUUGUCUAACAUUUAACAUGCGGAUCCGUAAUAUAUCAUUUGGGGGAUUUUGAUAAGUAUUGUUGAAGGAAUAUUCUAAUAAAUUAAUUCAUCAAAUGACAAACAUUUCUUCAUUUCAGAUGCUUUUAAUGUCUGAAUUUGUUGUUAUCUCCGUUCUUUAUUUUUUAAAUUAUAUGUGUUUUAUAAAAUGUCAAACAAUUUUUAUACUAAUAAGAGCGUAUUUGUAUUUUGCUCAAUCUAAGCACUGCCAUUAUCAUUUUGUUGUAAUAUCUUUUACUGCUAUUUUUACCGAAAGGCUUAUUUCAUAAUCAUUGUCUUGUUAAAAUUUCCUUCAAGUAUAAAGGAUAGUUAUACAAUAGAAAGGGUCAACGUAACUUUUACUCUUAAGUUUCUAUUAUACAUUAAAUAGUGUUAUUUUUAACGUGAAUGCUAUCACAUAACCUAUUUUUGUUAAAUUUCUUUCAUUGGCAGUCAAGAAUUGUAUGAUAAAUGUAAUUGUAGAUAAAUUCUUACCUUAUUCGUAAAUAUUAUUUCAUAAUUAUGGCCAUGUUAAAAUUAUCUUCAGUGGAAGGUAAUAAAUAUUUCAUUGCUAUACAGUUGUUUUCAUUACUAAGCGAUGCAUUAUACAAUGUGUAAGAAUAACAGAAAAUUCUGAAAAAUGUUUCAUGUUAACUUCUCAAAACACACGUAAUAUAUAAUUUUAACAUUUUCAUUGUGUUAAGUAAAUGAACGAAAAAUGUAUAUUUCAUGUAUUUUAAUGCGAGUUGAUUGUGUGUAUAUACAUUCUCAUAACUGUAUUUCCUAGUGUGAUGUAAUUCAUGAGCAAUGCCGUGUCUCUCCGAUAAUUUCUUUUAUAAAUAAA